AUGGAGUCGUACGUCUUCGUCUACGGGACCCUCAAGCGCGGUCUUGUCAACCACAAGAGGUAUUUGGAUCCGGCCGAGCAGACAGGCAAGGCAGAGUUUAUCGGCACCGGGCUUACCGCCUGUGCUGAGUUCCAUCUCGUGCUUAACCCUGACCGGUCCGUGCCGUGUCUGUACCGGGCGCACGCCGAGGGCUAUCAAGUGCCUGGAGAGAUCUAUCGCGUGGAUGCCGAUGUCCUGAGGGCGCUGGACAUCCUCGAGGCCGUCAAUGAACAGUACUAUGUACGUGAGGAGAUCCCUGUGAGCGUCGUGGAGGGAGAACUCAAGCACCAGACGGUCACGUGCCAGGCAUACAUUAUGCCUGUAAAAGAGGAACUGCUUAAGCUCAAGCGCAUCCCUGAGUACACGAAGGUCAUGCACGAGACGUACUGCUCGCGCACGAAAACACCGAGUCUUGAGGUGCUCCAGUGUUUGUACGGAGAAGACGUGACGAACGCCGUGCAGAGCAAACUGGACGACGGCAUGGACUUUGAUGACGCGUGGAAGGCAGCCGUGGCAACAUGA